AUGGACUUAAACACUUUAAUGACUUUGACAGUUAAUGGACUGAAGGACAAGUUGAGAGAAAUUGGUAUUUCGACUACUGGACAAAAACGAGAACUUCAGGACAGACUACUGCAGCACUAUGGCUUGUCACGAAAUGAGCCAAGCGAUGAUGAGUUGAGUCGGUCGAUAUACGAUGACGUUCAAGAAUGCAACAUUCCACAGUCUUCCCAGUCCUUUGUGCGGCAACAGCUAUUUACUCUUAAAGAUUUAGGUGAUUGUGUUAGUUCAUUUACUGGUGAAGGGUCGGUAGAUAUUCGGUUUUGGGUAAACGAAUUCGAGAUGAAUGCAGAUAUAGUAAAGUGGAACGAUUUGCAAAGAUUUGUUUAUGGCAAGCAGCUUCUACGUGGAGCAGCCAAGCUUUUCGUUAGAAGUCAAAGCAAUGUAAGCAAUUUGGAAAACUUAAAAAGUGCGUUAAUUACUGAAUUCGGUGCUAAGCUUUGUUCGUCAGAUGUUCAUAAGCUGUUGAAAAAUAGGCUUAAACACUCGAAUGAAACGUUACGUGAAUAUUUAUAUAGCCUAAUGGAAAUAGGCAAACAAAUUAAUCUAGACGAGGCCAGUGUCAUUGAUUAUUUUAUUGAGGGGAUUCCGGAUUCACGAUUUAAUAAGUCUUUAUUGUAUCAAGCAAAGAAUAUAAACGAUUUAAAAGAGCAGAUAAAAGUGUAUGAAAGGAUACGAAAAUCUAAUGCAGGGUUAGGUAAAGUAGGCACAAAUGAAUCUAGGAAAGAGAGUAACUUAUCAAUGGUAAAGCCAAAAGAGGAAUCGGUUAGAAGGUGUUUUAAGUGUGGAGAUAAAACGCAUAUAGCUGCACAAUGUCCACAGAAGCAGUUCAAAUGCUUUAAGUGCAACGAAUUGGGUCAUCGCUCUUUCGAAUGCAAGAGUAAAGAUAAAAAAACGAAUGACCCAAAGAAAGAACCGAGCACGGUCAACAUGUUGAGGAACGAUAUUUUUCAACCGUUUAUAAAUAGCGUUCGGGACGAGUUACAUUUUAAGACGGUCAUGAUUAACGAUUUUAGAUUUGAGGCACUUAUUGAUUCAGGAUGUUCACUAAAUUUGAUUCGAUACGAUACGUUAUUAUUAAGUGGGGCCGGAAAUAAGUUGACUAAUGACCGAAGGAAGCUUUAUAGUGCUUGUGCUAAUGUCAUUGAGACCAUAGGCAGCUUUGAAACUUUGAUGCAUGUAGAUGAACUAUCACUAAAUGUCACCUUUCAUGUAGUCAAAGAAAAUGAUAUUCAAUUCGCAGGGAUGAUAGGAAAGGCUAUUCUGAAGGAUGUUGAUAUCGUUUUAACAGAAGAGGAAGUUGUUUUUAAAAAUAAAAGUUUAUCUUAUAAGCCGAAAGUUAACAAUAAUCAAACGCAAACAGUUGAGGUAGAUUCCAAAGCCAAAGUAGUCACACCAGAAAAGUGGAUACAAGAGUUCGAUGUCAUGAGCUUGAACGAAUUAGAGGAAAUAAAGACAAUGGAUGUGAAGCAUUUAGAGAAGAGUCUGGCUAAGAAUGUAGAAAAUUUAGUAAACAGAUAUACAACGACAGAUCGCGUACAACAGUUUAUAAACAACACACCUCCGCGAAGUACAAAGCAGACACCAUUCAAGAUAUUAACUGGACUUGACAUGCGUAUGGCCAAUAUGCCAGAGCUACAAGAACUUUUAGAUGAUGAAGCAGUAGAAUUGCAAAUAUUCUCAGGGGAGUUCCGAGAAUGGCAAUCAUUCAAAGAGCUCUUCGAGGAGUAUGUCCAUAAUAAUAAGGACAUUAGUAACUCCAAAAAGAUGAGCUAUUUAAAAUCUUGUCUUCAAGGAGAUGCUAGACUAAUGGUUAGUCACCUGAUAACGGAAUCAGGUGCAAAUUACAACACUGCUUGGGAAUUACUGGCACACAGAUAUGAUAACGUGCGCAAACAAUUUAACGAACAGCUCAAAAUGGAAAUGGAGAAGGCACAAACAAGUCUCUCCGAUUACCAAGCUUUUGCUCAAGAAAAAUUCGCAGCACUCGAGUCACAACUGGAAGCACAAGAUGUGGAACAUAAGCGUACACUCGAUUCGUAUCGCUUAGAAAUUGAUAACAAACUCUCACAAAAGCAACAACAACUCGAUGAAGCCGAACAACGCGAACUCAAAUUAAAAGAGCGUUUCAAUUUAUUGGCGAUUUCCGAGCAAGAGUUGUGUGAAAAAUUGACUAGCACUGAAAAUGCCUACGCCGCCCGCUUCCAGGCGGCCACAGAACGAGAACAUAACUUGAAUGAACGAGUGCAAGCGCUGACAAAGGAACUCAAUGGGCUUAGAGCUUCCAAUGAGAAUAGGGAACGCGAGUUGCGUGACAAGUUAAAUCUGUCGCAGGAUGAGAUUUCGGUUUUACGAUCCUCACAGCGCAGCUUUAACGAGACCCUGGAUCGCAGCAGUGGCAUUAGUUCGCCAUCGGAACUGGCGCGUCUGCAAAGUGAAGCGGAUAGUUUGCAUUGUGUGUUGGAGUUAAAACAGAAGGAGAUUUCCAAGUUGACUGAACAUAAUGAGGAGCUAAUGCGUGAUGCUGAGGAACGUGGCAUUUUGCAGAGCAAAAUAUCAUUGCUUGAAUCAAACAAUGAGAUGUUGAAGUCAGAGCUGGAUAUCAAGUUGGAGAAGGAGAAGGACUUUCUUCGUAAAAUCAAUUACAAAACAAAAGGGCAAAAGGAAUCUUGGAGAGCUACAACUGGAAGACAAGACGUUAACAGGUAUUUUAUUCCCCGGGAGAGUCCUCACUUCGGAGGAAGUAGGGAAGAGGGUUAUUUUUUUACAGAUGAAAGAAUGGAUCUGGAACCGCCUGAUGAAGAGCCAAAUGAAGACAUGGCAAUUAAAGACGCUGACGAUAGAGGUAUGACAAUGGAAGAUGCAAUACUGAAUCCAAAGGCCAAGAAGAAGAAACGGAUGGCAUGUCUACCAAUCAAACACAUACAACAAUUACCGAAAGACGAAAGCAGUAAAGUGGAUAAUACUAAAACAAAAAAAGAUGAAGACAAGAAGAUACGAGACACAACUUCUAAGACGAGAGACGACAAACGUAAAACUAUUGAUACAAAGAAGGAUGCAUCAAAGAAACCUGAAGUGGAGAAGGAUAAGCAACGCGAUAAAGAAAAGGAGAAGGACCAUAAUAAAAGAGACAUAAAAGUAAAUGAAACUAUUGAAAUAGCCGAAAUAGAUCCAGUUGGAAAAGCGGAUGUAGUAACAACCAUUUGGGAGUUACUAAUACCAUGGCAGCUUGCGUUAAAACAAACGGACAAGCUAAAAACCAAACGACGACUACAAGCUGCAAUCAUUUUCCCAGCAGUCACUUUUGCCGCCCGGGAGAAUGUUCAAAAUUGA